GAUCCUAGUCCCGUCGUCGACCCCAGUGUGCCCCCCUCCUCGUGUGUGCGUGUGUGUGUGCCGGUGUGCGUGUGAGUGUGUGGUCCAGUGCCAGGAUUACCUGUGAUACCGUCCGUCCGCCAAAAGGAUCUCCUCCACGUUGCUGGUGCCCGCCGAACCUCAAAUCAGUCACCGAAAAUGAAUCUUUUUGCCGUGUUCUUCGCUGUCAUCCUGGCCGUGGCCACCGUCACCGCGCAACGGUUCGCGUUCCCACACACGAGUUCCCAGUUCGGGCUGGCCUCGCUGACCGGUGACUUUGGCGGUCCGACCGCGUUCUCGGGGCAGGAUUUGUCAGGUACUUUGAAUGCUGGUAUCAGAGACCCAAGACAGAACCGAGGUCCCGUGGUGUUCCCGCCCGCCCCUGCUGAUGCGCCGGUCGAGUCGAGCGGAGUGAUCGUCGGUGCUUCCGGCUACGGUUUCGUGCCACCUAGUGCGCCCCAGAACACGAAUGCGUUGUACAGAAACUUGCGAUACUUCUAAGUCAGCUACUUAGAGUAGACCACGCCGCCGUAUAUGAUCCACCUGUGAAUCCCCCUGUCCUGUCCCAACACCCUGCUAUCCACACAUUCCUCAUCGCGUUUUCAAGAUCGAUCACCGGGGGUUUUCUGGACCCGGCGUACCAUGUACUUGAGUUAGGAAAAGCCAAGCCCUCUUACUUAACCGUCACCGUAACCGGCCGAUAAGUAGCACACGGUCACUAGGGCCACGGUCCCAGUCACAGAGACAAACGUAGAUACAUCAAGUCACCACCGAUCGAGGUUAGAGUUAGAGUAGUGGCAGGUUAGCCGGAAGCCACGUCCGCUCGUGUCCGCCACUCGGCGUGGAAUGUGCUCGAAUUUGAUGCCAUAUCAAAUUGUCCCAACCGAAACGCGUCGGCUCUGCCGGGCCGUUUGGCCCUCCCAACUGUUGGAGAACCUGGACGCAGGACUCUUCCGGAUUCCAGCUAGAGUAGGAGCCUACUUGUCUAGUUAGCAUUCACCGGUGACGUAAUGUAGCAUUAGAGCUGGAUACGGUGUGUGAAGAUAUUUAUUUGUAAAAAAAAAGUCGUGUAGCGCGUAUCCCUGUACAGUUCCAAUCCACAGUCCCCCCUCAUGCUGAAUUCCACUCCCGAUCCUCCCGAUCAUUUCCUCAUCGAAGCGGCACAAAGUGUAUAAAGAACGUCGAACUCAACACGCAAAGCACACGGCGCCAGUUACUAAGCAACAACCUGUGUAACAUAUUCAAACAUCCUUUUUGUACAAACGAUCCUGCGAGUGCGAGUGAGUAGAGAAGCGAGAGAGCGAGACGGAGAGCGAUGCGGGCCAGGGGAAGAGAUAGAGCGAGACGAGAAGCUCGCUCGCUCCAUUCCUUUUCCUGCCCAAUUCUGGCUGUACGAUAGUUGGUAGCUAUUAAUUGGUAACUUAAUAAAUUAUUGUAU